ACUCAAAGUUGUACCAUAACAUAAAAUGUAUAAGUUUAGGUUGUACCAUAAAGCAAUUUGUACCAUUAUGUUAUGGUACAACCAUCACAUAAAGGUAAAAGUUCAAGUUGUACCAUAAAAGAAUUUGCACAAAAAGUAUAGGUACAAUUUAAAGUCGUACCAUAACGUAAAUGUACAAUUUUAAGUUGUAUUGUAAAGACAAAAACCUAUAGCACCAAUACUAUAUAACAUUGUAAAAUUUCUCUGGAUAGAGGGGUUGGUUUCUUUUAUGUGUAAAAAGUGUUGGGGGGAAGGUAACAAUUAUUAAAGUUGCAUGUGGAUGUUUGGAUUGGAAUCCAAUCAAAUUAUAACCGUUGCUCGUAGUAGUGGCCUAGUGGGCGACACCAUCACACAAACAAAAAGCCUCCCCUCUCCCUUUUUCCAAGUGGCCUUCAUUUUGGGGGCAGGAGAUGAACCUUUUUCCCGUCGAUUGGGUUGCUAAAUAAUUAACUUCACAUUCCUAGAUUUCAUGUAUGAGAUUGAGAUCGAGAUAUGAAUCGUAGAAUCUAGCUUACACGAUAGAAAUGAAUCUUUAGAAAGUGAGAAAGGAUCAAUGUGACUCAUGUGAACCUCAAAAGCAGGAGGAGGGAUCCCGAGGCAGCAAAAGAAGAAGCCAGGAGACCACGAAGAGGGGAUCUUCUUCUUCGACAUCUCCUCCAAGAGACCACCACCACCAGCCGCCGCAGCCACCAUGAUCGCCCAUCGUCGUCAUCCGAACCCAUCGACGACGACGAUGGAGAGCUUACUGUUCCCCUGCCGCGGCAGGGAACAACGGAGCAACAAGAACAACAACAGUAGUACGAGCGAGAAGAAGGCGAUGGCGGAGAGCGUGGAGCGAGCUUGCAGCGACAUAGCGUGGGGCCAGAAGCGGGAGGUCGGGAGGAUCGGGCUGGCGCUGCAGGAUCACAUCUGCAGGGACUUGGUCGAGGAGUUCGUCAGAGAGGUGUUCGGACAUUACUUGAUGAACAAGUAUUACAAGUUCUACUACGACAGUAAAAAUUCUCGUCAGUCAUCAUGUGACAUGAUCGGUACGCUGCCGUUCGAUGCUUGUAGGAGAAGUCUGCGUUUCUGAUCCUUGUUUUCCACAGGAUUAGCUUGGAAGUGCUCUGUUUUUAUCUGUUUUGUAUUUGCUUGUUUGUUGCUCUAUUUGGGAGUUGUGUUGGUUUUUUGAGCUUUUGGCAGUGUGUUGAGUGCGUGAUCAAAGGCGUGUUUAAUUUGGUUUGAUAAUUUCAUCGAGUUGUAUUAGAAUCAGCUGAUACGAUGCAAUUCGUAAUCUUAAAGCUUAUCGUCUUAGGCCGAAAUGAGAAAUGAGCAUAAACAGAACAUUUCUAUUCAAUCAUUUAAAGAUAAAUGAUGAAUCCUUCUCCUCAAGGCUCAAAUACACACAAAAGAUACUAAUAAAGUCGCCAUAAAACAGGGGAAAACGGAACAAUGUAGAAAAAAAGAACAUUCAAUAGGCAGACAUAAUAGACAGACAAAGAUGCUCGAGAGAAAGAAGUUUUGUAAGAGACAGAAAUGUCACACCACCACCUUCACCCACUAACACAAAUUCCUACUACUCCCCUUUUCUUAGAAUUUGCCAAAAUGAAGAAGUAAAAAACAA